AUGCAGUUCACCACCGCUCUCAUUGCCAUCUUCGCCAGCGUUGCCAUCGCUGCCCCUACUGGUGACGGACACAACGGCGGCGGCUCUACUCCUGCCCCGUACGAUCCUUGCUCUGGAUUGUACGACAGUGCCCAGUGCUGCGCGACCGAUGUCCUCGGAGUCGCCAACCUUGAUUGUGCUUCCCCCACUUCGGUUCCCUCCUCUGCCAACGACUUCAGAAAGAUCUGCGCGGUUGGUGGCCAGCGGGCUCGUUGCUGCGUCCUUCCUGUCCUCGGACAGGCCGUUCUUUGCCAAACCCCUGUUGGCGUUUAG